AUGGGAUGUUCUGUAUCCUCACAGGUGAAAGCCGGGGGCAAUGUUAAGAAGAUCAGAAAGCCGAAAGCUUGGAAACAUCCACAGCCGAUAACAAGAAGUCAACUAAUACAGCUGAGGGAGGAGUUUUGGGACACUGCUCCUCACUAUGGUGGCGCAAAAGAAAUAUGGGAUGCACUACGAGCAGCAGCAGAAUCUGAUAUAACUCUUGCUCAGGAAAUUGUGGAUAGUGCAGGAAUUCUAGUUCAUAAUGCUGAUUUGACCGUUUGUUUCGAUGAAAGAGGUGCAAGAUAUGAGCUGCCAAAGUAUGUCCUGAGCGAGCCUAAAAACUUGAUCAAAGAUCCUUGA